UCUCCUGUGCACAGGGAGCUGCUGUGGAGAGCUGAACAUUUUUGGAGCGCUGCUGCUGCUGGUGGUUAUUCUCCUGCAGACUGACACCUCUCUCUGUCUCUCGGCCUGGAUGUAAAUGAUUAUUUGAAGAUUGAAUAUUUUUGUGUGUCAAGGACUCUUGGAACCAAGCUGGAGGCAUAUGAGGCUGAACAACAGGCAUGAGGUUGUAAGAACAAGAACUGGAAAUCAGAAGAGCAAGGGAGUCAAUUCCGAGAGCCACUUCUAUCAACACCUGGAAGUGGAUUACACUUCUUCUUUCCUCCCAUUACCAUCAUGGUCUCACCUCUCAUCUUUCUCCUGAUCUUCCCCCUGUCCACGACCACCUCCUCUUCUUCUAAUCCCCCUUCCUCUCUCCUGUCUUUUUCCCCACCGGAAGGGGGCCUUACACAUUUGGUGGUCCAUAAUAAAUCCGGUGAGGUCUACCUGGGUGCCGUCAACUGGAUCUACAAGCUGUCCAGCAACCUCACCAAGCUACGAAGCCAUGUGACCGGCCCUGUGACAGACAACCCUCGCUGUUACCCUCCGCCUGGCGUCCAGUCAUGCCCCCACGAGCUCGUGCAGACUCCCAAUAUCAAUAAACUGCUGCUGCUUGAUGCCGCCCACAACCGCUUAAUUGCCUGUGGGAGUACUUCCCAGGGAAUUUGCCAGUUCCUGCGUCUGGAUGAUUUGUUCAAGCUGGGCGAGCCCCACCACCGUAAGGAGCAUUAUCUAUCUAGUGUUGCUGAGGCAAGCACCAUGUCUGGAGUGGUCAUUUCUCCAGAUGUCUUCGGCGGAGGCGGGAAACUUUUUGUCGGUACUCCCAUUGAUGGAAAGUCUGAGUACUUUCCAACCCUGUCCAGCCGCAAGUUGAUGUCUAAUGAGGAGAAUGCAGACAUGUUCAGCUUCGUCUACCAGGAUGAGUUUGUCUCUUCGCAGUUGAAGAUCCCAUCAGACACCCUCUCCAAAUUCCCAGCAUUUGACAUCUACUACAUCUACGGCUUCAACAGUGAGCAGUUUGUUUACUAUCUCACGUUACAGCUUGACACCCAACUCACUUCCCCAGAUGCAGGCAGUGAGCAGUUCUUCACUUCAAAGAUUGUACGGCUUUGCGUGGAUGACCCCAAAUUCUACUCCUACAUCGAGUUCCCCAUUGGCUGCACCAAGGACGGAGUGGAGUAUCGGUUGAUCCAGGAUGCUUAUUUGGCUCGACCGGGGUCCCGUUUGGCUCAAUCGCUUGGUAUUCCGCAGCACGAGGCGGUUCUUUUUGCUGUGUUUGCCCAGGGCCAGAAGAACAGAGCCAAGCCACCCAAAGAGACAGCUUUGUGCCUGUUCACAAUGAAGCAGAUAAAGGAGAAGAUUAAAAUAAGGAUUCAGUCGUGCUACAGUGGAGUGGGGAUACUCUCUCUACCCUGGCUGCUCAACAAGGAACUAUCCUGCAUCAACUCGCCGUUGCAGAUUGAUGAUAAUUUCUGCGGCCACGACUUCAACCAGCCUCUCGGGGGCACCACUACCAUCGAGGGCGUCUCACUGUAUGUGGAUAAGGAGGACGGUAUGACCUCCGUGGCGGCCUAUGACUACCGGGGACACACGGUGGCAUUCAUGGGCACUCGAAGCGGACGUAUGAAAAAGAUCCUUGUCAACUCCAUUAGCCAACCUGCUUUGCUGUAUGAAAAUGUCCUGGUGAGUGACGGCAACCCCAUCCUAAAAGAUCUGCUCUUCAGCCCGGAUCAUCAAUACUUGUACACCCUCACCGAGAAACAGGUUACACGUGUACCGGUGGGGAGCUGUGAGCAGUAUGCUUCCUGCGGGGCUUGUCUGGGAUCGGGGGACCCUCACUGUGGCUGGUGUGUCCUGCACAAUAUAUGUUCAAGAAAGGAUCACUGCGAACGUGCGGAGGAGCCUCAGCGUUUCACCACCAGAGCAGACCAGUGUGUCCGACUCUCGGUCCAACCUGACACUGUCUCGGUCACCGUGUCAGAAGUGCAGCUGGUACUUCAGACCCAGAAUGUGCCGAGUCUGUCGGCGGGAGUAAAUUGUUCAUUUGGAGGCUACGUAGAAACGGAAGGACGCAUCUACGGAGGACGGAUCUUCUGCUUGUCACCCUCUGCUAAAGAGGUAGCGCCCAUCACGCAAAAUCAAGGUGACCAGCGUGUAAUAAAACUCUAUCUGAGAUCCAAGGAGACGGGGAAGAUGUUUGCCAGCGUGGAUUUUAUCUUCUACAACUGCAGCGUACACAGAUCGUGUCUGUCCUGUGUGGACGGCAAGUUCCCUUGUCACUGGUGCAAAUAUCGCCACAUGUGCACGCAGGACGCCAGCGACUGUUCCUUCCAGGAGGGACGCGUCAACACCUCCCAGGAGUGUCCUCAAAUCCUGCCCUCCACUCAGAUCUAUAUCCCCGCCGGAGUUAUGAGGCCAAUCACACUGCUGGCACAGAACCUGCCCCAGCCGCAGUCCGGACAGAGGAACUACGAGUGUAUUUUUCACAUUCAAGGCAACACGCUCAGUGUCCCGGCUCUGAGGUUCAACAGCACCAGUAUCCAGUGCCAGAAGAGCAUAUACGACUAUGAGGGCGGCAACAUCAGUGACCUACCAGUUGAUCUGUCCGUGGUGUGGAAUGGAAACUUUGUCAUCGACAAUCCCUUCGACAUUCAAGCCCACCUGUACAAGUGCAGGGCAAUGCGGGACAGCUGCGGCAUGUGUCUGAAGGCAGACCCCAGGUUCGAGUGUGGCUGGUGCAUCCAGGACAGGAAGUGUUCCCUCAAACAGGAAUGUACAAUCGGAGGGAAUUCUCACCUCCCGCUGCCGUUGAGUGAAGGUGGAGGCUGGAUGCAUGCCGCAUCUGGAAACAGCCGAUGCUCUCACCCUAAAAUCACUAAGUUGUUUCCAGACACGGGACCCCGCCAAGGAGGAACCAGGGUAACUAUCGUAGGAGAGAACCUGGGUCUGGACUUCAGAGACAUCCAAACGGGCGUCAGGCUAGGCAAGGUGCCCUGUGUCCCCAUUGAGGAGGAGUACCUGAGUGCUGAGAGAAUAGUGUGUCAGCUGAAUGACGCUACAGGAUACAGAGUCCAAGAGGCUCAGGUGGAGGUGUGUGUGAGAGACUGUGUCAACGACUACAGAGCGCUGUCCCCUAGGCCCUUCACUUUUGUGACGCCGUUCUUCACUCGUAUCCAGCCUUCUCAGGGUCCUAUUUCGGGAGGCACCCGCGUCACUAUCGAGGGAAGCUACCUCAACGCAGGCAGUUCUGUUUCUGUCAGCAUUGGACCACAACCCUGCCACUUUAAAAAGAGGAACGCCCAUGAGAUUGUGUGCAUAACGCCGGCUGGCCUGGCACCAGGAAGUACACCAGUCCUGGUGGAUAUAGACGAUGCUGAGCUCAGAAACCCUGUGGUCAAGUUUAACUACACCGAAGACCCCACUGUGCUCAAGAUUGAGCCUGACUGGAGCAUUGCCAGUGGUGGAACUCUGCUUACAGUGAGUGGAACCAACCUGGCAACUAUCAGAGAACCAAAGAUCAGGGCCAAAUAUGGGCAGGCUGAGUCUUUUCAUACCUGUACAGUAUACAACAACUCAGUGAUGGUCUGCCUAGCUCCGUCCGUGGCGGAGUCCGAGCUGGGCUUUUCUGAAAGCGGCACAGGUCCAGAUGAAAUUGGAUUUUACAUGGACAACGUGAACGCUUUGGUAGUGGUCAAUGAGACGUUCAGCUACUACCCUGACCCCGUGUUUGAACCGCUCAGCUCGAAUGGGAUACUGGAGCUCAAACCAACAUCUCCACUGAUACUCAAGGGUCGUAACCUGAUCCCGGCCGCCCCAGGUAACAAUCGCCUGAACUACACAGUUCUGAUUGGGGAGACACCCUGCAUCCUUACCUUGUCUGAGAGCCAGCUGCUGUGCGAGUGGCCCAACCUCACCGGACAACAUAAAGUCACGAUCCGAGCCGGGGGGUUUGAGUACUCCCCCGGCACUCUCCACAUUUACUCGGAUAGCUUGCUGACGCUGCCUGCCAUCAUUGGGAUCGGAGGGGGCGGUGGGAUGCUCCUGUUGGUCAUCAUCGCCGUGCUGAUAGCCUACAAGAGAAAGUCCAGGGAUGCGGACCGCACCCUGAAGCGUCUGCAGCUGCAGAUGGACAACCUAGAGUCCAGAGUGGCUCUGGAAUGUAAAGAAGCUUUUGCUGAACUCCAGACAGACAUCCAUGAGCUCACCCAAGAACUGGACGGAGCCGGAAUUCCUUUCCUGGACUAUCGGACAUAUGCAAUGAGGGUCCUGUUCCCAGGCAUUGAGGACCAUCCUGUCCUCAAGGAGAUGGAGGUACGGGUGCAGGCAAAUGUGGAAAAAGCUUUGACGUUGUUUGGUCAAUUGCUGACAAAGAAGCACUUCCUGUUGACGUUCAUAAGAACAUUGGAGGCGCAGAGGUCGUUUUCAAUGCGGGACCGAGGCAACGUGGCAUCUCUGAUCAUGACAGCCCUGCAGGGGGAGAUGGAGUACGCCACAGGAGUCCUGAAACAGCUUCUGUCUGACCUGAUCGACAGAAAUUUGGAGAGUAAAAACCAUCCGAAGCUGCUUCUCAGGAGAACGGAGUCGGUUGCUGAGAAAAUGCUGACCAACUGGUUUACAUUCCUCUUGUAUAAGUUCCUCAAGGAGUGUGCCGGCGAGCCUCUUUUCAUGCUCCACUGUGCAAUCAAGCAGCAGAUGGAGAAAGGACCAAUAGACGCCAUCACAGGAGAGGCUCGCUAUUCUCUGAGCGAGGACAAGCUCAUCAGGCAGCAGAUUGACUACAAAACGCUGACAUUGCACUGCGUGAACCCCGAGAACGAGAACGCCAUGGAGGUGACUGUGAAGUGUCUAAACUGUGACACCGUCACUCAGGUCAAAGAGAAACUACUAGAUGCUGUCUACAAGGGCAGCCCCUACUCACUCAGGCCCAAGGCUUCUGACAUGGACCUAGAAUGGCGUCAAGGUAGAAUGGCCCGAAUCAUUCUGCAGGACGAAGAUGUCACAACGAAGAUAGACAACGACUGGAAAAGACUCAACACAUUGGCUCACUAUCAGGUUACAGAUGGCUCAGUGAUCGCCCUGGUGCCAAAGCAGAACUCUGCCUAUAACAUCUCCAAUUCAUCCACCUUCACCAAGAGCCUCAGUAGAUACGAGAGCAUGCUGAGAACCGCUAGUAGUCCAGACAGCCUUCGAUCGCGGACACCCAUGAUCACCCCUGACCUGGAGAGUGGAACUAAAUUGUGGCAUCUGGUGAAGAACCACGACCAUUCAGACCAGAGGGAGGGCGAUCGGGGAAGCAAGAUGGUGUCUGAGAUCUAUCUGACCAGACUCUUGGCUACAAAAGGCACACUGCAGAAGUUUGUGGAUGACCUGUUUGAGACCAUAUUCAGCACGGCCCACAGAGGCAGCGCUCUGCCGCUGGCCAUCAAGUACAUGUUUGACUUCUUGGACGAGCAGGCAGACAAACACUCCAUCACAGACUAUGACGUACGACACACAUGGAAGAGCAACUGCCUCCCUCUCAGGUUCUGGGUGAAUGUGAUCAAGAACCCACAGUUUGUCUUCGACAUCCAAAAGAACAGCAUCACGGAUGCCUGUCUGUCUGUGGUGGCCCAGACCUUCAUGGACUCAUGUUCAACGUCCGAACACAAACUGGGGAAAGACUCACCGUCCAACAAACUCCUCUACGCUAAAGACAUCCCCAACUACAAGAACUGGGUGGAGAGGUAUUACUCUGAUAUCUCGCGUAUGCCUGCCAUCAGCGAUCAGGACAUGAGUGCCUACCUAGCAGAGCAGUCCCGCCUGCACCUCAGCCAGUUCAACAGCAUGUCUGCACUGCACGAGAUCUACUCUUACAUCAUCAAAUACAAAGACGAGCUUCUGUCGGCGUUACAGAAAGACGAGCAAUCUCGGCGACAGAGGCUACGUGGCAAGCUGGAGCAGGUCAUCGACACCAUGGCGCUAACUAGCUGAGGGUUAAACCAGUUGAACGCCUCUGCUUGGAUCGCUGGCCAACACUCCUUUCCGUACACGGCUUUACGCUCCUGGACAAAAUCUGAGCUCAUCAACUGGACAAACAACAAAACUAAAUUUAGUCGGCUCAAUGACUCAAUGGAUGCAUUUCUCUUCUUAUUUAAGACCGAGCUGCAAACUGAUGAACCAAACUGAGUGGACACUCACAGUGCAUGUUGACUCCAGUCAAGCAGAGGGCAACGGUUGGGUUCUUUGGACGCAAUCAGGACCUAAACCAGGGUGCAAAUGUGACAGCCGUAAACUGUGAGCAAACAGAAGAAACCAGGAUACUUGAUGCCGUUUCGGGAUUUCCCUUUCCUGUUGCCAUUUUCAGGGUGGACACACAGAGGAGGAUCUUUUGCUGUGGGAAAACUCUUCAUCACACACUGCUUCAAAACUCCCUACCAGCCGAGGAGGAGUCAUUACAGUCAAACUGUUUUAUUGCUUCUGGUUUACCUUGACAUUUAAUUCCAUCCCCACCAUACUGCCUCCUCUCCUUAGUGCUGUGCCGCUCGUGUUACUGCUGAAUUUGCACAACAAAAGCUAAAUCAAAAGAGAGCAAAGGAUAUAUGAACACAUUUAUAAAUAUAUAAAUACAGACCUCUUUGUUUGAGUUGAAAGAGAUGUUUUUGCAUUUAAUGUAUAAAUUGGUAGGUUUGACAGGAUUUGAUAUUUCCAAGUAAAAAAUGUGAAAACCUAAAAAAAACAAAGCAGCACAUGGAAAAGUUGUUCUGUGCCAUGUUUUACUUUAAAUGUUGUUUAGUGCAAAGAUACUUUUGUUCUUUUGUUUAGAUGAAAUGUGUUAUGAAAAUGUUGUCAUGCUUAGUGAGACUUUGGGAAAAAAAAUACGUAAAUGGAAAAAUAGAUAUUGCAGAAUUUCUAUAUUUAAUGAGGUAUUCCAUGAUAGAGUACAACAAGUCAGUGCUGUUUUCAGAAUCCAUCUACGGUGGACCAUUAUAUUUACCAGCCCCUUUUACACAGAUAUCCUGCAAGGUCGCCACAUCAGGGGUCUCAUCUAUAAAGCUUGCGUACGCACAAAUUAGGGCCGAAAAGUUGCGUACGGCAUUUUCCACGUGUGUGAUGUAUAAAAACAGAAACUGACGUGAGAAUGUGCGCACAGGUAUGCAACUUUGUAGCUGGCGUGCGCACUUUUUGGAGACAUGGCAAAAAGACUGCACACAUGUUAAGUAGUGAAGAAAUCAUGUUAGAAAUGAACAUGCAAUGGAAGCCAAUAAAGGUUUAUCCAUAAUUUCAUUAACCAUCACGCCGUUAUUGACUUAAAAAACAUUUGUGGAAAGCGUUCUUGUUUUACAUGACACUAACGGAUAUACUUUUAUCGAUAUCCUAUAUUGUGCUCAUCAACAUACGAGUUUGCGUAUUUUGGGAGGUUUUUUGUUGUGAUUCACUAUAACCAACACACAAAAUGACUUCCAAAAAAUAUGUUCCUAAUAUUUCCAUGGUGUUUUAAGUCAGCAUAAAGUUAAAUGUUUUUGAAAUAUCCAAAAUAUAACAAUUGAUCUGUGGUAUACUGAAACUGCAUUAAUCUUUUGACUUUUCCUUACAUAAAGUACUUUAAUGUACUGAAGUGUACUGUAAUGUAAUGCCAUUUAUAGUAGAGAUUGACUGAUAUGGGUUUAUCAGGACCGAUACCAAUACCGAUUAUUAGUAGUUAAGAGGCCGGUAACCUAUAGUUGGAGCCGAUAUUCAUUUGCAGUAAAAGUGUACAAACUGGCGUAAAAAUGUUGAAUAAUACAAGCACUUAACUUCAUUGAACUGCCUAAAGCAUGUUUAUUUAACCAAACAGAUAGAAAAAUAGCUCCGCUAGAAGUUGAAUAUAAACUUAAAUGGCUCCCUGAAAUGUCUCCACGGUAAAUAAAGUAACAUUUAUAUGUAACUUAUCUUUGUUUUAAGUUCAAACACAUCAAAAAGUACAGGGCGUUAACAAGCUCAGCACCAACUCUUCUUAAGUUAAAUUAAAACUUAUAUAAUAGCUCCCUGAAUUUUUUUCAGCCUUCAUCUUAGUGUAGUUGCCUGCAUCAAAAGAAGACUGAAUUGAAUUUUUUUCUCACAAUCACACACACAGGCUCCCACUAUCACGGACUGUUUCCACAUUGAUAUUACUAACGGCAUUGUUUCAAGUGAUUCACAGACGUAUCGGGAGGUACUACAAGAUAGCAGAGCCGCCGCUAAUGUUUACUCCACUCUUACGUUAUUCCACUGCUCACUGUAACGUUAGUAGUAGUUAUGAGUUGUACAGCACUGGAAUGUUUAUUACAAUUUCGAGAGUUUUCCGCAUCUACCUUGACAUGUGUGUUUACGCUCAGGACGUUCUCCACACUCGAAAACUUCCCUCUCAGCCAUGUGUGUGUGGGAGGACAGCGUCCGCUUCAGAUUGGUUCUGCCACUAAUGCGUGCUGCGGCUUGCUUAACCAAUGAGAUGGCGCCGUGGGUGGAGCAAUGCUGGAGACAGAAGUGGCAGCCGGCAGGAAAGAGAGAGGCGCAGCUGCAUCUGAGCCGAAAUAAGCCAGUUUUAAAUUAUUUUCUUGGUAGGAGGACAACAGCUGGCUCUUUGUGUCCACCUUUAAAUCAAACAGCUUUUACUAAGUGUAUUUAAAUCUAAAAUAUGGCAUCAAUUAGAUAAAAAAUAUUUAAAACAUUCUUGCCAAAAUGACAUGUGCCUUGAUAUCCGGCCACUUUAUUUUAGUUCUGCAACGGUGCGGCAACUUCCACACACUCUGUUGACAGCAGACGUGCUGUCACUCAAUCAUCUUGUAUUCUUGUCAUUGCUGUGUCCUCAAAAUAAUAUACUCCAACCCUCCAACCAAUAUUUCCACUUCCAUUUCCGUGAAAUUCUUCUUAGUCCUCGUCGUCUUCUCACCAGCCAUGAGUCAGAAUGACAGAACAAGGCAAUGAAGGGUCGUUAAAUAUGGACAUUGCAUUCAUGAGUCACUUUGCAUUGACCUUCUGUGGUGAAGUGGAGGUGUGGAAAGGGCGUGACCUGACUCAGGUUUAUGUAUGUACGCUCUGUUAACCACAAAUUGUGUGACUUUUUUUUUUGUCUGUACACAGAUUUUGGGUUUCUAGUGUACAGAGACUUUUAGUCAGAAUUCCAUGCACAUUUUGAUAGAUGAGACCCCUGGUCUGCAAUAAACCGGAUUUGCUUUUUACACAGAACCCAGCAAAGGCAGGCUAAUGUGGCAAAUAUAUACGCUUUCACACAGCAACACGCCAUGCUGCCAUCAAAUAAUUAGCUGUGGAACAUCUCGGACAACAAAUGACAAUUAUGUUCAGUAUUGACGUACUACCUCUAUACGCCGUAAUAUUGGCGGAACGUCUCGGCCUUUCCAUUUUGUAUUCAUGCUGUUUGCACAGAACAGCAAUCGGCUGUAAAGGUGGCUAAAACAGACUGUGUAAAAGGGGCUACUGAUGCAAAGUCUACAUUUUAUUAGGUGACAUAGAACUUUAUUGAUCCGUUCCAGCAGCAACACCAUAUGCAGUAUACAGGACUGUAACUAUCUACUGGCGCUCCUGAUACAUAACUUUCUGGUCUCACCCUGUAAAGCCGUGUUUCCACCAAGCAGUUUGGUUCAGUUCAGUUCAGUACGUUUUGCAAACUGAAUCGUUCCGCUUGGUAGGAACAAGACUUAUUUAUAAUGUUUCAUUAUUCUCAUCCCGAAACAAGGACCUUGUUUGUUGGACAGAAGUGCUUAGAGAAAUAUUUUACUUAUACUCCAAUCUGCAGUUGAAACUGUAACACUCUUAAAAUGUGAAUGUGCUUUGUGAAAAGAUUCUGAAAUGUAGUUUUACUGUUUUUGUUUUACAUGUCAAAGGCCUUUCUCUUGCUUCAUUUUGUGGUUUUAUGAGGGUUAAAAAGAAUUGGGGUUUCCAGUAUGCACAUGUUUGACUAAAGUGUGUCGAUAUGAGCCUGUUAUCCGCAGAAUUUAGUAGGAUUUAAUACAAAAAGUAAUGUGCUGUAAUUAGGAAAGCAUAGCUUUUUAAAAUCAAAAUAUCGUUUUUUUUAGUACAGCAUGUUUGUGGUUUAGAGGCACUCAUGUUGCUUGACGAGUUCAAAGAUGAUAUGGUGCUAAUAUUUUUGUACGAUUUUCUACUAAAUUCUAUGGAGAACGCGAUCAAGUUAUGGUGAGAGACAUUUUUUGCAAGAAAAUGUAAUCAUCUUUUAAAGCAGACCAAUGUAAACCCUGUAAGUAGAGCACAAGACCAGACUGCUUCAACAACCAUGUCCCAUGAGGUUUUCAAUUGAUGGAGCGCUCCUCAUCAUGUUUCACUGAUCAAAGGCACAGUUCUUAAAAUGACUUUGAAGAAAAUGAGAAAUGCUGCAUUUGAGUUGUUUCUUAUUUCACAGUUAUUUUUUUUCCCAUCACUGUGACAAAACAACUUUAACAGAGUUUCAGGCACCUUGAAGCCAAAGGCUGGCCUAUAAAUCGCACACAUUUUUUUCAAACUGUAUUUUAUUGUAAGUAACCGAGUUACUUCUUUCAAGACCCAAUACUGUCAGACAUUUUAGGUUGAUGGGAGAAAACUAGGUUUUUUUCUAUCGUUUUCAUGGUUCAUUGUUGGGAACUUGGGCCUUCUAAAUAUAUUCAGGUUUUUAACAAAAUAUUCACACAUUAGUCCUCAAAAGUCCAACAAAAGUAAGAUUGAACAUAAAAAGGUAUGCAUUGCGGUCAUGCAUUCUGAAAAAAUCUGAAAAAAACAUGAAUUUAGAUUUAAAAUACAGAACAACUUUGGUUCCACACCUGAUAAUACUCCAAUUCAACCCAAUAAAUGCUUGGCACUUUGCACAUUUAUUUAUAAUUUAGCCGCUGACAAUGUGACACGUUCUCCGAGCCUGCCGGCUAAAAGCCUGAUUUUUAGAUAUCAAAACAUAAUUAACGUUUUAUUAAUGUGGAGUAAUUUGGCCCCAUAACUACAGCCUAGAUUUUUGCUUUGCGGCUGGUGUGUGUUAGAAGCAAAACAGAAGGCGUUCAAGGCACUUCCCACAUUAAUUUAAGUGGCGGGCACGAAAGGUGACAAUUGUUAUUGGAUUUGCAAAGUUCCUGGUCAGUAUUAACUGUGUAACAGAAAUUGUGUGCAUAUUUUGCAAAAUGCACAUCAAUAAUGACUUCCACUGCAAAUCAUUUUACAAGAUUUGGUUAAUAUCAGAGCCACUCAAUGAAACCGUGAUAAUCCUGUCAGGUUUUUGUAUCCUUUUUGUAUCCAAUAUCCAGGACUAAAUCAUCAAUCAAGAAAAGACCAAAUACUAUCCAAGAUUCAUUUUCUCAUCACUAUACCAUUACAGCAAUAAGAUUUCCAUUUCACCUCUGACUAACAAUUUAAAAAUAUACGUAGACGUAGCGGAGAGCGUGUCAUAUAAGUAUGGAUGGAUUUUAUCGAAUAUGGUUAAUACAGUAGCUUAACUGCUGAUCUAUACGGUAAAACGGCAUAACUCUUGCAUCCAACAACAUUUCUGCUCUUCCAUAAAUUGGUUAUGGUGAAGGUAUUUAAUAUUCCCUCAACCCUGGUGAAAUGAAAACACGAAACAGAAGGUUUGAGUUUCUUGCACGUGCUCAGUUUUCCUUGCUUUGGAAUGGUAGGGGACAUUAAGUUAGAGUGAUGCAUCUUAGUAUAGAAACCAGUUUGACUUACCUAUAAUCUGACCUUGUUUGUGUUUUUUACCAUAGAGCGCUAAUUGGUGGGGUGAACACUGGAAUUGCAGAACUGUGCAUUGUUAGUAUCUUCCCAUAUAGAAAAUAUCAAGAUACUUUGGACGAUUAUGCCUGCAAGGAAGAUAUUUUGAAUGUGCACUAAAACCGAAAAGCGCUGAUUCUCGGUAACACUGGAGUCCUACUGUUUUGAACAUGACACUAAAAAAAAAGCUGGAUAGCCCCCCAGUUGUCUUUAUAAAUUGAUGUUUACAUUGUAAAUUUUCAGUGGUACAGGAGUGAUAGGAGUAGCAGAUACUGGCUCAUAUAUUAACUAAAAAGAGAGAAACUUAUCUCUUGUUUGCGUGGCUUUAUUUCAGAACUUGUCUAGCAUAGCAUAGCGACAGCACAACUGGGCACAAACCAGCACAAACCACGAGAAAAAGUGCAACUUCUAGUCUGGAAAAUACGGUACUUAUAAGUAGAGAUGUUUGACAUUGGCUCAUUUACCAAUAUCUUAAUAAUCAAUAUCAUCGAUACCGACAUACAGUAAGCAGCAGCACUUCCCUAAAAACUAAUGUUGUGUAAUGAACACAUUAUGCUUCUUCUACCGUGAUGCCACUGGAUGGGUUUCACAAAUACAGAUAGAUAGACGAUACUUUAUUAAUCUCCAAGAGAAAGUCACGUUUCGAGCAGCUCUCCAAAAAUGUCAUAAUAAAGUUAAUCACAAAAUACAACAAGCAAGGCAAGACAGUACAGAUGAGAAAAGAAAAAUAAGAAAAUGGAAUAAAAAUAAAAACAUAAAGCAUACAGUCUCAACAUAAACAAUAUACUCCUGAGGUGUGAUAUGAGAAGUAUUGGAGGGAGAUGCCUUACUCCCCCCUCACAUAACCAGUGCUUUAUGCCCUGUUCCACAUGACAGGUCGGACUUUAGUUUUGGUUCCUUCGUUUUCACGUCAUUUCCUGUUUUGUGCUCUUAUUCUGGGUUUCUGUUUCCUGUUCUCCAGCGCUAUGUGCUGCAUCUUUGAGAUGUCUGGAAAGUCCAUUCAGCGGUACCUGUUUCUUAUUAGUAGUCAACAAUACUAUUUAGGUGGAGACGCAUUACGCAUUACAUUAAAAGGAAACUUUACAGUCAUUGCAAACUGAAUAUUUACAAUCAAAAGGUGAAACCUGGAAAAAAUUCCACACCGUGGAAAUACAGAGCUUGUUGCUCUGUUGAGCAUGUCAUCACCCACGUGCUGAUAUCCUUAUCGGCAGAAAAAAACCAUGGCAGUAUGAUCGGAUACCUCAUUUUUAUGCCAAUAUCGUCCGACAAUAUUGGUCGACCAAUAUUAUCGGAUAUCCCUACUUUUAAAACAACCCCAGAUGAGCGUUUAUUGUUGGCAUCGAGUCUAAAAACUUUACCAAGCGAGCCCAAACACAAACUCGUCAUUUCACAAAACAAUUUGAGGAUGGCACUCCAAGAAUUCAGAAGUUAAAGUGGAAUGUAUUUUAAAUUUUUAUAUUAUGAUGUCCCCAAAUGGAGAGAUAUGGGACCACAUUACAUCACUCCCAUGUUUUUCACCUUUUCCUCAUCAGCUGAUUUGCAUUCAAUUCCAUUUUAGAGAAAGAGGAAAUAAUUGACUUAGAUUAAAAAGAAGAUAGUUCAAAAGACAUACCUCAAUGAGUUUUAAUUCUUUGUGGCGUCUGAUACCUUUUUUGGAGUUUCAAACGUGAAAAUGCUGCUGUAACAAGGCAGGGCUGUUUCACGCUCGUAUGUAUCUGACUCUAUCCUCUAUUCCCUAUUUUGCUGAUUUAUUAUGUGUAAAUAGACAUCAAGGAGAGAUUGAACGUGUUUUUUUUUUCAAAUUCUUGCUCAUCUUGAUGUUUUUUUAUAUGUUUUAAAUUCCGUCCCUGCUGUACGCUUAAAAGUUUUGUAUUUUGGAAAGCUGUUAAACUUGAAGGUUUAUGUGGAGUGCAUUGCAUUCCAAAACAGCACAGUGUGAGACCUGAGCAGUGUGCUCUUAUGUACAGCACUUGUGUUUGAUUCCGCCCCUGUUUUGCUCACAGUGGUCACUGACGAAGAUUAGACAGAGGAUGAUAUGCCUUUGAUCUGCACACUUUGCUGUCAGAAAUCCCUCUCUGCAGUGAAUCAGCAGGAUAUACUGUAAAUUCAAGUUUUAAGAGUAAGCCAUCAAUUGUAGUUAGUUACUCUUCUGGCCAAAUGUAAAUUGGGCCUGUGACAGGAUCAAAAUGACUAAUGCCUAAAUGAUUGUGUUAAUAAUAUGCUGUGCUCCACAACAAUUAAAGGGCUUCUUGUAGAGAAAGUAUAGUGCAUCAUUUAUAUAGCCUAUUUCCUCAAACCCUGCCCUCUGUUCUAAUAGACACCAUGUGUCAAUUAGUUGCCAGGUAUGUCAUCCUCUUGAACUGAAAUACGCUACUCAAAAGUUUAGCUCAGCAAAAAAAAAACAAAAAAACAACCCGCGAAACAAAUAAAAGUGUGAAAAAGAGGACUCAGUAAUGAGUAGCUGCAUCGUUCUUGCUCAUCAUUUCAAAAAUUGGUUUGGGCAUGCCUGGUGCCGGAACAAAUUUUUCCGUUAAACUGUAUUUAUUUCAUUAGUCUAUUAUCUUCAUUUUCAGAGCAUUUCUCUUGGCUCCCUUGCUUCCAGUAGUGUAUGUGUGUGACAUAUUUUUUGUCCAAUCAGAUUUCACCUUCUUUGCUGUACAGUAUAGUGGUGAUGAAGCUUAACCUUUAAAAAUUUGCUCUUACAAUGCUUAUGAUUUCCUUCCUUCAUUCA